AUGGAUAUCAUUAUUCUGGGUGGUGGUAUAGCCGGUCUCACCACUGCUCUUUCCCUUACAAAGUUCGCCCCAGCCUCCCAGACACCCAACAUCACCAUUUACGAGAUCCGACCUGAACCCGCAACCAUCGGUGGCGCCGUAAAUCUGACACCAAAUGCUCUUCGUCUUCUUUCACAUCUAGGAGCACUCGAUGAAAUUCGUGCCCAAGACUAUGGCGCAGAGUGCCUUGCUGUAGAAGUCUUCGAUCUAUAUACCAACGCGAAGAUUGCCGAAUCAUCUUUCAAAGGCCCCGAAGGGAAAGGCCUGGGAGACCCACCAUUUACAGCGCUGCGAAUAACAAGAGGAGAAGCCUUAAAAGGCGUGCUUGCCGCCAUUGAAAAGCACUCAAACAUCCAGCUCAUCUGCGGGAAAAAGACCACCAAAAUCGAUGAAGACUCCGCCGGCGUAAGCAUCGAAUUCGAAGACGGAGGAAGCGCGCGAGCCGACAUCCUCAUAGGCUGCGACGGCAUCCACAGCGUCACACGCCUCAAGCACGUCGAGCCAGAGCGCAAAGCCAUGUACAGUGGCAUCUGCAACGCCUUUGGCUUUGCUCCCCGCCGCAAAGACCCCAGCACGGGCACCUUCGAGCCCACGCAUUUCAGCGUCAGCGGUAUGAACUUUGGGCGUCGCGGCAUGCUCCUAACCUCCUUCCACGACCGCGCCCAAGAAAGCAUUUACGUCGGCGCUCUCAUGCAGGUUCCUGAGAUUGCAGACCGCAACGGCUGGAAAGCCGCGGGUGCCGAUGCACAGAAAACGCGGGAUGAGAUGCUAGAGCGCUACUCGGGGGCUGCGAAUCCGCAGAUUGCGCAUUGGAUUGAGGAUGCAGAGGGGUUGUAUCUUUGGCCGGUGUUUACGCUUUCCAAGGGAGGUAAGUGGGCGACGGAGCGUGUUAUGCUUAUUGGCGACUCUGCACAUGCGAUGCCCCCGCAGGGAGAAUCGACAGGUAUUGUUUUUGAAGAUGGUGUGUUGUUCUCGAGGUGUUUGGCCAAGUGGAUGCAGACGAGGAGGGGGGAAGGUGCGCCAGUUAAGGAAGCGUUCGAUGCGUAUGAGAGGUUGAGGCGGGCGAGGAUUGAUACGGCAUUUGAUGAGAGCCAGAGUGUGGUAAAGACGGUACAGGAUACGCCGUGGUUGGGGCAUAAAAUUAAGAUGAAUGUCGUGCCGUGGUAUCUUUGGUGGACAAGGGGGUAUCGCGAGAAGCAUUUUGUGGAGGAUGUUACGGUUUGUGAUAUUGGGUAUUGA